CUGAGCGGGCACGCACCGGGCUGAGCCCCGCCGCUGUCCGCGGUGCUGAGCGGGCACGCACCGGGCUGAGCCCCGCCGCUGUCCGCGGUGCUGAGCCCGCCCGCCGCUGUCCGCGGUGCUGAGCCCGCCCGCCCGUGCCGGCGGGGCUGUGCCGCUCUCCCCACCGCUUCUCCCCAAGUGCCGGGUUACUUUAUUGGCCAACCCCACCGGCCCACCCCUCACGGAGUACAAAAAAAAAAAAAAAAAGAAAAAAAAAAAGAACUACAACAACAGCGAGAGCUGGAAAAAUGUGCAACGUCAACGCGCUCGGAGUCUACGUGUGGGAGACGAUCGUUUUCUUCAGCCUGGCAGCCUCCAAGGAAGCUGAAGCAGCAGCUCGAUCUGCCCCCAAACCCAUGUCUCCUUCUGACUUCUUGGACAAGCUGAUGGGGAGAACUUCAGGAUAUGAUGCCAGGAUCAGACCAAAUUUUAAAGGCCCACCAGUGAACGUCAGCUGCAACAUUUUCAUCAACAGCUUUGGUUCGAUUGCAGAAACAACUAUGGAUUACAGGGUGAACAUCUUCCUGCGGCAGCAGUGGAACGACCCCCGGCUGGCCUACAACGAGUACCCCGACGACUCCCUGGACCUGGACCCCUCCAUGCUGGACUCCAUCUGGAAGCCUGACCUGUUCUUUGCUAACGAGAAAGGGGCCCAUUUCCAUGAGAUUACCACGGACAACAAGCUGCUGAGGAUCUCCCGCAACGGCAACGUCCUCUACAGCAUCAGGAUCACGCUGACUCUGGCCUGCCCCAUGGACCUGAAGAACUUCCCCAUGGACGUCCAGACGUGCAUCAUGCAGCUGGAAAGCUUCGGCUACACAAUGAAUGAUCUCAUAUUUGAGUGGCAAGAAAAAGGAGCAGUGCAAGUUGCUGAUGGGCUGACACUGCCUCAGUUUAUCCUCAAAGAAGAAAAAGACUUGAGAUACUGCACGAAGCACUACAACACAGGCAAGUUCACCUGCAUAGAAGCUCGCUUCCACCUGGAGAGGCAGAUGGGCUAUUACUUGAUCCAGAUGUACAUCCCCAGCCUUCUCAUCGUCAUUCUGUCCUGGAUCUCCUUCUGGAUCAACAUGGAUGCUGCACCUGCUCGUGUGGGCCUGGGGAUCACCACCGUGCUCACCAUGACCACGCAGAGCUCUGGCUCCCGAGCAUCACUGCCCAAGGUGUCCUAUGUGAAGGCCAUAGACAUCUGGAUGGCCGUGUGCUUGCUGUUUGUGUUCUCUGCCCUUCUGGAAUACGCUGCCGUCAACUUCGUGUCUCGGCAGCACAAAGAGCUGCUCAGGUUCAGAAGGAAGAGGAGGCAUCAUAAGAGUCCCAUGCUCAAUCUGUUCCAGGAGGACGAAGCUGGUGAAGGCAGGUUCAACUUCACCGCCUACGGGAUGGGGCCAGCUUGCCUACAAGCCAAGGAUGGCAUCUCUGUCAAGGGAGCCAACAACAACAACACGGCCAACCCGGUGCCGCCGCCGUCCCGCUCCCCCGAGGAGAUGAGGAAGCUCUUCAUCCAGAGAGCUAAGAAGAUCGACAAGAUCUCCCGCAUCGGCUUCCCCAUGGCCUUCCUCAUCUUCAACAUCUUCUACUGGAUCAUCUACAAGAUAGUCCGCAGAGAGGACGUGCACAACCAGUGAGGGGAGGGGAGCAGCCGGGAGGGAGCGAGCAACCCUUUAUAUAUGUGCAAUAGCAAUGCAGCAAUGCAUGAAUUUAAGAAUGCGGCAAUAUCUACUAAAAAAAAAAAAAAAAAAAGGGAGGGGGCUGGGAGGGACUUUUAAUCAUGUGAACUGAGGGUAUCUGGCACAGGGAGGAGAAAAGAAGCUCAUGAUCUGGGGACUGCAGGGUGGGAGUUAGUUUUACAGCAUAGGAAGGUGUGGAUUGCUCCAGCAAUCCAAGCAGUGUAAUAUAGUAAUAUAUAUUCAUGCUUAAUUAUAAUGCAAAAAGAAAACAAAAGAAAAAAAAGACCAACAAAAAAAAAUCCUUUUUUUAGCCUAUUAACAGCUUAGAUUCUCAAGUCACUGGAAUGAUUCAUGAUUCCAUGUGCAGAAACUACUGCAAUUAUGCUUUAUCUGACUUUUGCUAUGGAAAGGCCAUUCCAGUCAAGCACGUGGGGGGAAAAAGCCCUAACAAAAGGAGAAAAACACCUCAAGAAAAUCAUUCUGUGCUUCUCUAGGUUUUGCACUUUGAAAAUUGGAUAGAUGGGGAAACUUAAGAAAGAGGCUGUGGAUUGCUGUUUAUUUUAUAUAUUUACUUUUUUUAGUCACGGGUUUGCCGAUCAAACACUUUGUGACUUUUGCAUAGAGGAAAGCAAACACAUUAUCUCUCUCAUCCCCACCAGAGAGCAUCCAAAGGAAACCCGAGAAGGACAUCAGGGCCUUCAUCAGAAAUCACAGGUACCUUCUGUCCUUUUAAACAACCUGUCAGGAUUCAGGUCCCAGGAGGCAGAAAUAUUAUUCAGAACACUAGAAACUAUGAAGGAUUUUUAAAAUUGUUUUUUUGUUUGGUUGGUUGUUUUUUUUUUUUCCAAACCCCUUUCUGCCAUGUUUGUUUACAAUGGGGGGAUGGAAGCAAUUGUAUUUAAAAUAUAGAAAAAACAGGCAUCUUGAUGCCUUGUUUUGACAGGACCGGGCGUGUGGCAAUACUGUCAGUAAGGGGGGUGGGGGGCAGGUAUGUAUAGAGAGAGCAGCUUUUAUUUUCUGACAUUUCAUAGCAGUUAUAUUAAUAGUGAAGCUGGGCCAAUGGACCCAAAAUUCUAUUUUUGUAUCUAUUUUGGUGCUGCAUUUACCUUGAACCCAGAUGGGAAGAUGGAGCAGGCUGCUUUGCCCCUCUCUGCUGCCUGGCAGAGAGAUGGGGGAGGCAGGCACAGCUUGGUGGGGAUGGGGAAAGGGGGGAGGGAGGUGGGAAGGGGUGAGCAAAGGGGUUUCUCUUUGCCCAGGAGGUAGCACAGGUUGGCAUCGGUGUUUGGGGUGGGGAGAAAUGUGCCAAGCACCUCUAGGGUGUUACUUGAAAGCCUGGCUUGGGGGCUGUGGGCAAGCCAAGGGCUUGUCCCCCUGGGCCCCUGGGUGAGAGCUGGCUGCAGCUCCCAGGGUGACUCUGUUGUGUUUGUUUGCACUUUAGGGAGAGAGGUGAAAGAGAGCACUGAGGAAGAGACAAUCAGUCUGCACUGAAGCACUUGGGGUCAGGUCUGGGUUAGGCACCAAAAGAAGGCAGAGAGAAAAGCGGUACCCACGGGGUGCAACCACUCUCCUCCCUCUCCUGCUCAGGAUGGGAGCAGAGCUGAGCUGGGCUGGGGAUCUGCUGUUUGCUGCGGGAGCACAGGGCUCCCUCCUGCAGAGGCUGGAAUGCUCACAGCAAAGUGCCCUGGGGCACUGCCAGGUCCAGCCUGGCCCAGGUCAGCAGCACCCAAACCCGGGAUGGGAGACUGAAGUUGUGCUUAGCCAUGGGGGUCCCAACCAGCACAGAAAGAAGCAGGUGAGAGGACAGGGGAGCCUGGGACCUGCCAGCUGUCCUGCACAGGGAUGAUGCCAGGAGGAGAAACACCAGAGAAAACACCAGGGUUUGCUGGGGCCAGGUAGAGGGACAUCCGUCUCCAAGGCUGCCAUUCAGCACCUUUCACCAGCACUAAAAACACUUUAGUUUAAGAGGAAAAAAAGGAAAAAGAAAAAAAAAAAAAAAAAAAAAGAAAGAAAGAAAGAAAGAAAGAAAGGACAAAAAUAGACAGAGGAAAAAAGGGAGGGAAAAAACAUAAAAACCACAGUGGUCGCUGUGUGGACUAGGGCAAAUGUUUUGGCAAAGACCACCCAGUUUUCUGAGUCCCUUUGUACUGCUGAGACUGGGACAGGUCACCAGGUCACACAGUGGCAGCAUGAGCCAGCACAUCAGCCCUUUCCCUCCACUGGAGCAGUGGAACACCUGUGGGCUGAGGAUUUCUCCUUCCCCUGGCACACGGUGCUUUCCCAGGCUGGGAGAUCUCAAGCAGAGGCGUUGUUUGAUGCUGGGGCAACGUCCCGAGCCUUGGCUGGAGCCCAAGUCUGCUGCUGGCUCUGGGUUUUUUUGCUGAAUUAUUGAACUGUCCCCGCGUGCGCGGGGCCGGCUGUGCCAGCUGCGGUUUGCGAUUGCUUCAAGCACCGUGUCCUUGUCUGAGAUGAAAGGCAAAUCCAGGGAAUUUCCUUCCCUGCCCGGCAGCACAGCAGAGGCUUGGCAACCCACAUACCACAGCUCCUUCCUCGUGCAGGUGAAUGACCUCAAAUUGCUGUCAUUUGGGUAAAAACCUCCUGUCUCGCUGCCCGGACCUUGCACUUUGGAGUGGGGCAAUCCGGCCGUGGCUCACACACCUUCUGUCCCCCCAGGCUGCCUGGGCUGCCUCUCCAGGGCACAGCAGGGCUCCUUCCUGAAGGAGCUGCCUGUAGGUGAGCAAAUCCCAUGCCCCAUCUUCUCACCUAGCUGAGAUUUGGUCCUACAUUAAACCCAAACACCAAGAGCAGGAGUAGAGCAAGAAGAAGGAAGACAUUUCUGCCCCACUUCAUUCUGCUCCAGCUGCACAUUAGAGAAUCCCGUGUUCACCCUGGCUGCAGAUGCAGUUAUGUCACAGCUGCUGCUUCACUGGAGCUCCAGUGCCACUUUCAGGCACAGAAUAAGGCUGGAGGAAGGCAUGUAGGGACUAAAAAUCAUCAGGAAAUGCUGUUUCUUGCCCAUACUUCAGCUGCCAGUGGAGCCCAUGGAAGUUUAGGGACUGAAAUAAGAAUCACACUCUUACCAGCCUGCCUUGGCUUCCAGUUCAGCUUUGCCAAGCUCCGGCCACGUUUGAUGCUCAGCAUAAGCAGUGUUGUUUUCUCUUCCUUAAGCUGCCAGUUUCCAUUUGGGCCAUUUUGCAGCCCCAGGGCUGCCUGCAGGGUGACAGUGAGCAGCACUCACAUCCCACCAGAAAACACACUGGAAUCGUGGUGAAGGUGUGACAGUGCUGAGAUAACUGUCCCAGGGAUGUCCUGCCAGAGAGUUUCACCACCUACACAAGACUUUAGACUGUCCUAUGAUCCCCUGGCAGGUCUGGGUAGUUUCCAAAAUCAAAGGUUUUCCUCCAUCUGUACCAGGUUGUGUUUAGUCUCUGUAUUGCAAAAGAAUUCGUUUUGAUAACUUAUCUCAUAUUUAAAGUAGGCUGUUUAAAUGAUGCAGUUAUGCUUAUUAGUAAGAAUGCACAGGGUUUGAUAUUGCAGGGUGACUUCCCAGCAUAUUGAUGGAAUUUAACUCCAUAAUUGUUAUCUGUCCUUAAGAAUGAGGCUUAGAAGCAAAACCUCUGAAUAAAACAGCACUUGUCCGGCAGUAAAGAGAGAAAAUUGGGUCCUAAUUCACUUGGCUUCUUUGGAAAAAGAGAGCUUUAUCCCAAAUAUUAUUUCCAGAUGUUGCUGGAGACGUAAUGCUUUGUGAGCAGGAAUUCUUUUUCCUUACACAUGAAUAUAAUUGUCCAGAGUAAAAAACCACCAGCUUUCUAUAUUUUGAUCAGGUAGAAGAGUUCCUCCCACUUUAAUACCUGAUCCAUCGGGGAUCCCUGUGCCAUGGAAGCCAGAGAGGUGCUGAAGAGGGUUCAAUGAGCAUGUGGGCUGCUGCAAUCUGCAGAGCUCAGCCUUGGCCUUGGCCAAGCACCAGCUGCCUGGGAACACUCAGGUCGUUCCCUCCAUGGCUCUGGUGGGGCCCUAAUUCUCCUGUCCUAGAAGACUUUGCUUGUAAGGCCUGGGGGACUUUGCUUCUAAAACUAUCAAACAAUUUCAAAUGCUGAAUAAUUUCAUAUCCUCCAAACAGGAACUUUUUUUGGCUUUGUUUUUCUCAGACUUUUCUGGAAGCUUUUUCUUAUUCUUCUGAAGAUCUUUCAUUUUGCAAAGCAAAGAUAAUUCAAAUUACACUGUUGGCUGCUCUUUAUCUUGACUGUGAUUUAAAGACUUAAUUUCCCAGUGCUGGUAGAAAAAAAGGUUAGAAGCAUUUACAAUGUAUAUUUAUGAAAAGAAAGGAACAUAUGAAAGGAGAAAAGGCUGUUUUCAGUGGUGCCAUAUUUCUCAAAGGUUUUAUACAAUCAUAUUUUUGUACUGUACUACCACUACUUAAUAAAACAUAGUUCUUAUCCCUGUGCUGAAGACAGACAAUCUCUUUCAAUAUCCUAUUCCUUACUCCAAAACCUUGAUACUGGCAGCAGUGGACAGCACAAUGUGGACCCCAGUACCCGAAACCCCAAUCCUGCUGCAGCAUCCCACAAAGUUCAGCUCAGCAAAGGAAUUAUCUGGUCUGUUCCCAGCUUGGAAGCACCCACACAUUCCUGUCUUCUUCUGAAAAGGAGGUGGAUGGAAGGGGCAUCUUGUGCUGCUCCUGCAUCAAUAGUUUUCCAUUACUUGCAUGGAGAGAGUGUACUAGCUCUACUAGUUAAGUAGAAAAUUGAGAUACUUGAUUGUUCUUCAGGAUGCUAGGAUGAGCACCAAAGCAGAAGCUAAUAGUCAUUAAUUUUAGCAUCUUAAAUUACUUCAGGUUCUUGAAGUCUUCCCAUUCCCUUCUCUCUUUCUCCUUAACAAUUAUUUCUUAAGGGCAGUUGCACAUCUCUUGCUCAAAUGAACCUGCAUGAGUCUCUCACUUCAUUCAAGUCUAAUGCACUUCUCUGCAUUCAUCUCCCUGUUUUUCAUUCCUGUGGGGCUCAGUUCCUGAGCGCCGCAAACUUUGAAGGGCCUGGGAUCAAUGUCUUGGCAAAAUACAGCACUAAAACCAUUCCCCAGGGCAGGCACGGUGACAGCUCCCAGGGAAGUGCUCUCACGGCCAGCCAUACAUGGAGGGGACUCCUGGGGAAUGCCAAGGUGGCCACUGAGACCUUUCUUGACUGUGCUCUGUGAAAGAAAGCAGGGUCAGUGAGAGGGAAUUCGGUCUCUGGCUGUUAUUCCUGUACAGCUUCCUGUUUUACGCUGAUCUAGCUAACCAGCAGCUGCUUAUAGGAAAUCAGCUCCUUGCUUUCUCAGUCUCCCACUGUGGUGUGGAGCAGAGGGCCCCACCAGAAAUCAGCAGCUGUGAACCAGGCAGGGUGGAAGGAGCUGUUGCACUUUGAGCAGAGAAUCCGCUCAGAGCUGCCCCAGCUCUGCCUGCGGGUGCUUGCAGUGGCUGAGACCUUCUCCUCUGGGAGCAGCUGGCAUGAGCCACCUGGGGCGAUGCCCUCAGGUGAUCCCAGGCUGCAGGAGCACUGAAGGGCACAGCCCAGGUUAGAGGCACCAGAGCCAGCGUGGCAGUGGGAAGCACAGCCUGUGCCAGGUGAGGAAUCCUGACCCGAGAGCCCCCAAGCCCAGGAACAAUGACCUCUCUGUUUGCAGCUUUCCUGCUCCAGCUCCUCCCUCACCUGCUCAUACUGUCCCAGCACCACCUGCCUGCUGCUGGAACAUUGGAAAGGACACAAACCACAGGGCAGGAAACAAGAAGAAGGAUGAUUUCAGCCCCCAGCAGAGGAAAUUACUGGUUAAAUUGUCAAAUGAGGAUCCUGGCAAAGAGUGGCAGAGGACAGGAAGGGGAAGGAAAAGCACUAGGAGAGGUUUAGUUUGCAUGCCCCAUCACUCCUGCCAUGCAAGGCCAACAGUGCCAACAAGGAUGGUGCAAGGCAGCAGGAAUUAUAUGACUGUAUUGAAAUAAGACCAUCAAGACUGGCAAACCUAACCCUGCAGUCCUUGUGCACUUUACUGCCAGGUUUCUGAGCAGAAACUACAGGGGAGGUUUAUGUUUGUGGUAUUCCUGCUCCUGGGUCUGUUACAAACAGUGCUGAAGCCCAUCCUGGGAUAGGACUGAGUCCCAGCAGUGCUGGAGCUGGGUCAGCUGUGGUUUCACCCAGACCACGCACAGGGAGAGGGAACAGAUGGAAAAGAUUCAGCACAAGCUGAUGUUGCCACUCUGGGGAAAGGCAGGGGGAUUGCUGUGUGUUGGUUUAACAAUCCCUGCAGCACUCAGAGCCUCAAAAAGCACAAGGGAGAGGGAGCAGCAGCUCCCAGCCAGGAGAGGGGACACAAACCCUGUCCCCAGACUGAGGGUCAAGUAUAUCAGCGCUUCCAGUAUAAAAUCAUCCAUGUUUUCCUGGGCAGAGGAUGAUACCAGCAUAAAUAAGCCAUCAGCACAGCUUGAAUUUAGCUUUUAUUUACAGAUUUUCCACUUGAAUUGCGUAAGUAGCUUAAGUCAAACAAGGACAUCCUCCCCACCUAUCCCGGAAACUGGGGCAUGAGGUAUCAUCAGUAACCACGUGCCCAGGCUGUGAUCAUGUCACUGCUGUGGCACUUGAGUCAAGUUUGGCACAAGCAGGGGCAGGUAGAGCUGCCUGGAGCUGCCAGGUCUGAGGGCAACAGAGCUCACAGAUAGUUUUUGCUGCUAAGGCUUUUGGGAAGCUGGGUCCAGGACUGUUAGCACUGUGGCAAGCCAAAAUCCCCUUCCCCAGAGGGUCCGUGGGAGGACAUCUGCCUUAUCCAGGCACUUGGUGACACUGCAGCACUGCUGGGUUACCUGUCUGACAAAACCAUGAAUCGGGCUUUAGACUGCAACCAGCUGAGCCAGAUGGCCUAGGUUAAACACACCACAGGAUUUGGGCACUAAAUUACUGCUCCAGGUUCAAGCCUGAACCACCUUUGCAGUGAUGACACCAUCGCAGUCACAAUUACAGCGGAGGCCUGGUAACUGCUUAAAGCAGCAUGGCCCUGUCAGAGCCCUGCACACAUCAGCAGGGCAUGGCCUGCAAUGGUAACAGAACUGGGGCCUGGGCUCCAGUGUUUCUUGCUUGGCACCUAAUCCCAAAACACUGACCUUUACUGAAUGAAAACUAUGCAAUAUUGAAGAUUGUGCCACGGGCGGUGCCUUAGCCGCCUCUCCUGGGUAUGCACUCACACAUUCUCAGAAUUAUCCUCACCACAGUUCCUCAGGCUGGGGUGAAGAACCAAGGAGUCCUGAGGAGCAGGGCCAGCUCUGGAGCUUGUGAUGUGCCACAACCAUGUUGUGACCACAGCCAGGUCUGCUCUGCUGAGGCUGCACUGUUAGAAAGUAGAAGAGUCCUGAGAGUUCAGCUCCCCAGCCAAGAGUAGAGUGAAGACAGGGAUCUGAAAAGAGAAAGGAAGAGCAGAUCAAGGGUCAUGUAAGGGAGAGGAACCUGUAGUACUCACUCCUUGCUGUAGUUAAGUGCAGUCACUGCAACCAAUAUGGUCUUCCUGGGAGUCAAGGCUUUAAUUAAUGAGCUGCUGCUUAUUCCUUGAGGGGCUGGAAAGAGAAUUCAGGAGGCUGGACUUGUCCCUUGGAGGAAGAGACAUGGGACAGCACGGGCAGUGUCACCUCUAAAAACAGCAAAGGAAAGGAAGUGGAGAGGGGGCAGCCCCUGUUACAUAAGAAGGGUGCUGGGAACACACCUUGCUGCAUGCCAAGGUGUGGGACACAGGUACAUCCUUCACAGGCAGGAGUGUAACCACCCUGGCAAGUCCUUGGUUAGAUGUAUGCCUCCACUUGCCAUCAAUCCCACUUGUGAUCAGGAUAACCAGAAUAUUAAAAAAAAAAAAAAAAAAAAAAAACAAACCAAAAAACUAAUCCCUAAUGACUUAGGCUAUUGUUACAUCCUCUCCUUACCAUUUUAAGUGGCUGUGGCCAGUCCCUUGGUCACAGCAGUAGAGCUCAUCUGUACAAGAGAUGCUCAGCUACAGGCUGACCCAACAAAAUCUUAGCACAAGGGAGCAGAAGUUCCUUUGCCUUGUGCUUGUCUAGGCCAGGGAAACAACGGAACCAGAGCUUUGAAACACUCUGCUCUGCCUAUGCUGAAUCUGUACUUUCCUUUCUAUUCCAAUCUUCCCACAUCUGCUAUGUUUUUGUCCAGA